AUGCAGCACAUCACUGUAGAGCGGCCCCCUGGGCGCCCCUGGGCUCUGGUGUUGGUGCACAAGGAGCCGGUCAACAGCUUCGACACGGCGCUGUGGGCCGCCCUGGGGGGCACGCUGCGCAAGCUCGAGGCGGAUUCCAGCGUGAGGGGCGUGGUGUUUGCCAGCGGCCUCAAGCGGGAGGUGUUCACCGCCGGCAACGACCUCAAGGAGCUCUACGCACCCAACACCAGCGCGGACAGGUACAAGGAGUUUUGGCUGGCCCAGAGCAGCUUGCUGGAGGGGCUCUACUCCAGCCGCCUCGCCACUGCCGCCGCCAUACGCGGUGCCUGCCCUGCUGGCGGCUGCUGCAUCGCGCUGUGCUGUGACGCGCGCUUCAUGACACCCAAUGGCACUAUGGGCCUCAACGAGGUGCCCCUCGGCAUCCCUGUCCCCAAGUUUUGGGCCGCUCUGAUGGGCCGCACCAUCGGCCAGGCCGCGGCGGAGCGCCUGGUCCUGGCCGGGCGCAUGGUGCCAUCUGCAGAGGCGCUACGCCUGGGGCUGGUGGACUCCCUCACAAGCGACGACAGCCAGGAGGCCGUUGUGAGGGCGGCCACUGAUUGGAUAGAAGCUGCUGUGAAGCUGCCGCCAGAGGCGCGCGCUGCGACCAAACAGGGGCAGCGCGCUGCGUUCUGUGACGAGUGGCGGCGGUACUACCAGGACGAGGAGCCGCGCUUUGGCUGGGGCGCCAUCAGCGACCCGCGCGCCGUCGCGCGGCUAGAGGCCGUGAUUCGGCGGCUGUCUGGUGGCAAGUCACAGGCGGUGCAUAGCAAGCUGUGA